AUGACCGCAUCAAAGAACGAGCCUAGUAGCUCCUCGUCCUCUUUACUGCAUGUCAACUACCUCAUCAUAGGAACCGGUCCUGCCGGUGGUUCAUUGGCAGCCUUCAUGGCCUCGUAUGGGAUGAAGGGUCUCAUUAUAAGCCGAGAUCCAAGCAGUGCCGAUACGCCGAGAGCUCACAUCACAAAUAUGGCUGCGAUGGACUGUUUUCGGGAUAUUGGAAUCGACGAGGAAUGCUAUAAACUAGGAACACAGAAUAAUACCAUGAUUCACACUCGCUGGUGCAAUACCAUGGCCGGCUUAGAGUAUGGUCGUAUUUAUUCUUGGGGAAAUGACCCAAAACGAAAGGGGGACUAUGAGCUCGCGAGCCCGUCCAAGAUGUUGGAUCUGCCUCAAACCUUACUGGAACCGUUAUUGACGCGAUAUGCAACACUUAACGGCUUCAAAUGUCGGUGGGAUACUGAGCUAUUAACGUUCGAGCAGGAUGAAAAUGGAGUGACUGCAACGUUGCUGGAUAAGCUCUCCAAUACAACGUUUCAAGUUCGCUCCAAGUACUUGUUUGGCGCCGACGGAGCGCGAAGCAAGGUCGUCCAGCACGUCGAAAUUCCAAUGAUACGGCGACCUAGUCAGGGGUUUGCAGUAAAUCUGUUGUUCCAGGCAGACUUAUCGCAUCUCAUGGAGACUCGCAAAGGUAAUCUUCACUGGAUUCUGCAACCCGAUCGGGAGAAUCCGGAGUGGGGUUUGUCCGGGUGCAUGAGGAUGGUCAAGCCGUGGUUCGAAUGGUUAUGUAUUCUACUCCCUGCUCCCAAUGCCCCUAGGGAGGUCAGGUCUAACGAAGAAUACAUUCAACGUAUCCGUGAGUUGAUUGGGGAUGAGUCAGCCGAGGUAAAAAUAUUGGGCGUAUCUACUUGGGUUAUCAACGAGACAGUCGCAGAGUACUAUUCCAAGGGCAAUGUGUUCUGCUUAGGAGAUGCGGUACACCGGCACCCACCGACUAAUGGUCUGGGGUCGAAUACUUGCGUUCAAGAUGCGCAUAACCUUGCCUGGAAGGUUAACUUUGUCGAAAAAGGUUUAGCAGGAAAGGAAUUGUUAGGCACGUACAGUAUAGAGCGUCAACCAGUUGGACUAGAUGUUAUUACCCAAGCAAACGCAUCUUUCAGGAAUCAAAAGGAAAUUGUUGAGGUUCUCGGUGCCACGGAGGUAACAGCGGAAGCUCGUAUGAAAGUUCAAAAAGAGAUUUACGCUGAAUCACCGGAAGGUGUCGCUCGGAGGGAAAGGCUGUCCAAGGCAUUCAGGGCAGCCAACGGAGAGGUUCACGGUCUCGGCAUCGAGAUGAACCAGCGUUACGUCUCCUCGGCUGUCUACCAAGCCGACCAAGGAGCGAUGCCGGCGUUCACUAGAGAUCCGCUGCAGUACUAUCAUCCCACCACGUACCCAGGGGCGCGUCUUCCGCACGUAUGGCUAGGGAACCACAUCCCGUCUAAGUACAUCUCUACCAUUGAUCUGGCCGGAAAGGGGCGGUUUACGCUCUUCACCGGCAUUGGCGGCCACUAUUGGAAGAAGGCGGCAGAAGAGCUAUCUUCCGAAACUGGCGUGCCGAUUAAGGCCUAUUCGAUUGGGUACGGACAAGAUUAUAAGGACAUAUACCUCGACUGGGAGGGGAUCAGAGGCGUUGAAGACUCUGGCUGUGUGCUCGUAAGGCCUGACUACUUUGUGGUGUGGAGGAGUCCGAGAUGGGAAAAGGACUCAGCUUCCAAGCUGAAGCAGGUGUUGAAAUCAGUCUUAUCACUUCACUGA